AUGCCUCGGGGUUAUGGUGGAGUUGCAAUAUUAUGGAGCAUUGACAUUGAUAAAUUAGUAACAGUGCUUCCUGAUGGUAAUGAGAGGAUUAUUUGUAUUGAAUUUAAGUCAGAAUCACAUAAUAUAGUAUUUAUCUCUGUCUAUAUGCCUUCGAGAGGAACAGCCUACUCUGACUCUAGUUUUGAAGAUAAUUUAGAAUUAUUGCGUAGUAUCUGUUUAAAAUACAGGAACAGUCACAGUAUGUUGAUAGGUGGAGACCUGAAUGUAGAUUUAUCAAAGAAUGGUAAUUAUGGUAAAGAUAAGCGCUCUGAUCUUAUGUUUGAAUUUAUGGAACACUUGUUAUUGGAAUUUGACGUUAGUGGUAAAUCUUAUGUAAAUCCAAGAGGUGAUGAUUGUACUGAAAUUGACUAUUUUUUGAAACCUUUGGCCAAUGACUCUUUUGGUACAAAGAUAGUGUUGAAGGAUAUGGCUACUAACUGUUCUGACCAUUACCCUAUAGCAAUUGCUGUAUAUUGUUCAUUCACAAAAGCUGAAAAUAAAAAAGAAGUGAAAUGCUAUACCCCAAGAAUUAAAUGGGAUAAAAUAGAUAAGGAAGAAUAUGCAGCCAUGAUUACACAAAAUCUACAUGACCUUAAAUUCAUGGACUUUAAGGAUCCGACAAGUUUUUCUAAGUUUAUCAUAUCAUUCAUGGAAGUCAUUAAAAAUACCAUGAUGAAUUUUAAAGCUAAACCCAAGAAACUGAAUUCCAAACCAAAAUUGAGAGUCUGGAAUAAGGAUAUUUCUGAAGCACUUCAGCUGUUACGGAAAUCGUAUAAAGCAUGGAACGCAGGAGGUAGACCACGGGAACCAAACGACCCACGGUUUUAUGCAAUGAAAUUACAUAAGAAGUUAUUUAGGUCUAAAUGUAGGAUUGAACGGGCAAGACGUAAGAAACUUGAGCAAGAAGAAAUUCUGAACACUCGGUUCAAAGAUCCAAAGUUGUUUAAUAAACUGGUAAAUAAGCAAAAAUGUAAAUCCUCUGAUGAUUUGGACUCACUACAUGUAAAUGGGGUUGAAUACAGUGGUACUGCUUCUGUGAUUGAUGGUUUUUAUGAACAUUUCCAAACCCUAGCUGUUGAAAGUGAAGCUGAGAAUUUUGACAGUGAAUACCAUAAAAUGGUUGAAGAAGAAAUUAUCCAAAUACAAGAGAUUGUUUCUGAUAAAAAAGUCAAUCCUGUUAGUAUGUGCGAACUGAAAAAUGCAAUUUGUUCCAUUAAUGUUGGCAAAGCCACUGAUUUUUAUGAUUUGUCAAUUGAAAGCAUUAAGUUUGGUGGAGAAGAUCUUCAUGUGAUGUUGCUUCAGAUUAUUAACUCUAUUUUCGAUAAGGGUGAUGUUCCAUCUGUUCUGAAAAUUGGUGUCCUGUCUCCUGUCUACAAGAAUAAGGGAUCAUGUAAUGAUGUGUCAAACUACAGGGGUAUAACUGUGCUACCAGUGAUCGUGAAAAUUAUAGAAUCUAUAUUAAAGCAGCGUAUAGCCCCAUUGAUUGACAUCUGUCAAAGUCCGUAUCAGCGUGGUUUUACAAAGAAUACUUCUCCACUUCAUGCAGCUAUUAUUGUUGAGGAAAUUGCCAGGAACUCCAAAGAUGACAAUAUCCCCAUUGAUUUUAUUUUUCUGGAUGCUAAAUCUGCGUUUGAUGUUGUAUCCCAUGACCAUCUUCUACGCCGGAUGUAUCAAAUUGGUAUACAAGACAAACAUUGGGCACUUUUAAAGAGUCUUCAUGAGGAAACUUCUAGUGUAGUUAAAUGGCAUAAUAGGGUUACAGAUGUCUUCAAUGUGAAACAAGGCGUGAGACAAGGUGGAGUUUUAAGUGCAGAUUUAUAUAAGGUUUAUGUUAAUCCCCUGUUGAAGACGUUAGAAGCAACUGAAACUGGUUCGCGCAUUGGAACUGUCAGAUGUAAUGCCAGUGCAUGUGCUGAUGACAUCACUCUAAAUUCAAAUUUAACUGAUCACGCCCAAGUUUUAAUCAGCACAGCUGAACAAUUUUCAAACAUGGAAAGGUAUACGCUUCAACCAAAGAAAACUGAAGCCCUAAGGGUACACCCUCGGAAAUCCGGGAAAAACAAUCUUUCAACUGGAACAUAUACUGUUUACAAUAAUGAGAUUAAGAAUGUUAAGUCUUCUACACAUCUGGGGAUCAAGAGGUCAGUUACAAUCAGCGCAACUAGUUGUGAUAACGUUGAUAACAACAUUUCAAAGGCUAGAAGGACAGUAUACAGUUUUAUGCCUUCAGGUUUACAUGGUCAUAAUGGCUUGGACCUUUGUUCAAUGUUACACUUAAUACAGUUAUAUGUCAGUCCGGUAUUAACUUAUGGUCUUGAGGUGAUAUUUCCAAAGAAAACAGACUUGGAACGGUUGGAGAAGUAUCAAAGGAGACUCUUGAAACACAUUUUAUCUAUACCAAACAAUACCACUGAUUCUGCAGUCUAUAUUCUGUCUGGAUUUUUACCGGUUGAAGCACAAAUACAUAAAAAAGCAUUGGUUCUGUUCAAUAACAUUUGUUUACAAAACGACCAGUCAGUCGAAAAAGCCAUUGCUAAAAGACAACUGUGUGUUAAAUCUAUGAAAAGUAACAGUUGGUUUAUUGAGAUUAAGAAACUUUUCUGGUUAUAUGAUCUACCAAAUAUUGAUGGACUACUUGAACAUCCAAUUCAGAAGUUAUCAUGGAAAAAGACUGUCAAUAAGGUUGUAAAUGAAUAUUGGAAAGACCAAAUACUCUCUCUAGCAAGUUACAGUAAAAGUUUGAAGUUCUUAAACUGCGAGUUAUUUCAACCUGGCAAACCUCAUCCCUUGGUUAGGAUUCCACUAAAUUCGUCUCAUGAUAUCACAAGAUUUCCUGUGAAAUUGAAAAUUGCAUCUGGAACGUACAUAUUACAAAGUAAUAGAGCAGUAUUCAACCAAAAUCAGAUUAAUCCUAUCUGCCUCAUGUGUAAUGAAGAGUCUGAGACAUUGGAACAUUUUAUACUUCGUUGUGAUUAUUUGCAACCCAUUCGUCAACCGAUUGUCUGCGAUAUUGAAUUUGAAUUUAACUCUCUGCAACUUAAGCAACAAUGGUGUAACCUGAUCAUUGAAGAAAAGUUACAAGUUAUUAUUGACUGUACACAUCUGUUUCACGGUGUGAAACUGGAAAGACUUGCAAAACUAGAAUUUCAGUGUAAGAGAUUGAUAUGUGCCCUGCAGGUAUCAAGUCAACUCGUCCCCUAG